AUGACUAACCAACGCCAACUGGGCAAAUCGUGCUUAUUUCGUUUCGAAAAUACGACGUACAGUAUCCCUAGUACUCUCAUCACCAAAACUGGAAACCUUGGUUUACUCUUCAAACACAAGGAUGAGUGCAAGAUGAAAGAUGUUGACGAGUCGACUGGUCGCGUCUUUGUGGACUACAUAAUGUUACAGACCUAUGAAGUUGACUACGAGACCGCAGAGCAAGAUCAGGACAUGGCUUUGAGAGAGUACAAGAUUGCACUCACGCUCUGUGCUAUCGGAUGCCGAUAUGAAAUCAGUGGUCUCGGUUUCCUAGCCAAAGAACAUGCCGUCAAAUUGGCUGAGCUUAUCAUCAACCCUGCCUCCGUACUAGUGGCGAUAGUUGAUGCUCCCUUGGCGUUGAAGCAUAUUCCUGGCAUUAUCCACCUGAUCGACGAAUACACAAAGAUAGUCCUGCAGAGGGCGACUAGGCGAGUGGCGACAGACUUUCUCUUGCGCAUGGAUCCUCCAGACACAAUGGGUUGGCUGUGGCUGAUGCUCCAGGUCAUGCAGAAAGCCGAGGGGCCGGCUCUAGAACGAGGCUGGGAUAUGGUCGCACAGACACUUCCAACUCGCGUGCCGGGAUUGAUAGAAUAUAUGCAGCUUCGCGAAGAAUAUUUACAAGAAAGGGAGCAAACGUAUCUUGGAGAUGAUGCCCCCUUGGAGGAUGACGUCGGGGAUGACGACGAGGUGCACUUUCAGCCUCUGUUCAAUCACUUCAUUCCAAGUGCCAAGAUCAAGUGCGGAAAAGUCAUGCGCGCCAUGGUCGGAAGCAUCAACAGUAGCCAGAAGUUCGCUACCCGAAACAAGGAGAGGCCAGCCAAGAGGAGCAGGUGCAUUUUUAUUAUCCGUUUUAUUUCACCAGAUCAUUCUGAAGAUGAUAGAGGCAUACAAGCCUCCUCCAAGCAUGGAUUUCAGCAUCUAAGUUCCGGCGACAGUACAUACAGCUGGAACUGCUUCCGUCUCUCCUCACAUUUGGGAGUGAGACAAGGGAUGUAG